AUGAGUCUCGCCGACUACCUCGCGAAGAACUACCUCUCAGCAGACUCGAAGCCCUCGAAAAAGCGCAAGCGAAAGGACGCCGCCAAAGCAGAAGGCCUUGUAAUCGCCGACGACGACGUAAAUUCCUGGACCAACCAACCUGCCAAAAAUGGCGACGAAGACGAAGAUGCACCUACGAUAGUCGGUGGCGCAUUAGCUGCUGGAUUGAAUAAACCUACGAAGAAGUCAAAAUGGGUCAGGAUCGGGGCGGAAGCACCCAAAGACGCAGACCAGGCGGCUGCAGAUGCGAUUCUGGCAGAUGCGCAGGCGGAGUCGAAUGCGAGAGCGCAGGAUGAUGAUGAGGACCCGGCGAUAGUUGGGGAGGACGGUGGGGAGUAUGAUGGGCCGACGAUGGCGUCGGGUGCUAUGGCUGGGCUACAAACUGCGGAACAAGUCACGGCCGCUCUGAAAAGAAAAGAAAAAGCGGAGAGGAAGGCGAUGAAAGCUGCAGGGUUGGACUCUGGUGGACUGGCACAACAGACAAUCUAUCGUGAUGCGUCUGGGCGGAUGAUCAACGUGAAGGAGAAGAAGGCGGAGGUUGAAGAGAAAGCGAGGGAAGAGGAGAGGAAACAGAAAGAGGAGCUAGAGGCGAGGAAGGGCGAUGUGCAGAGGCAGCAGAAAGAUGCAAGGAGGCAAGAAUUGCAAGAAGCGAAGGUCAUGACUGUUGCGAGACAUGUGGAUGAUACGAAGAUGAACGAGGAGCUGAAGGAGAGGGAGAGGUGGAAUGAUCCCAUGGCACAGCUUCUGACGACCAAGAAGAGCAGCACGAAAAACGGGAAGAGCAAGAGCAGCGGCAAGACAUAUCAGGGUGCCUUCGAGCCCAAUCGGUACGGUAUACGGCCGGGUUGGAGGUGGGAUGGUGUGGACAGGGGCAAUGGGUUCGAGAGGAAGUGGUUUGCUGCAAGGAACAAGCAAAAGGAUAGGGAGGCGCUUGAAUAUGCUUGGACACUGGACGAAUAA